UUAUUGGGCUUAGGCCCACCAUUUAAAAGCUGAAAAGGUUCCUUUAAAACAUUGUUUCCCUCCACGAAGUCAUCAAAAUUCAAAAUCCUUAAUGUUUGACUUUGACAAAUCUUCUCCUACAAUUUUCUUCCUUCUUCAACCUCUCGAGUCUUUGUUAUAUAUUAACAUCUCAUCGACAAGUUACACUCAUCAUCCCUACCAAAAACCCACAAAGCAAAGUUUUAACCUUUCUCCUCCCUUUCAUCCUCAUCCUCACACUCACGAUCAUCCAAGUCUCUGCCAUGGCCACCCUCGAAAGUGACAUCUCCAGAGAUGUUAUCUCCGAUCAAGAACAUCGCGGGUCUGGAGCUAUUCAUGUUAUCACGGGUCCUAUGUUCUCCGGGAAAUCGACCUCUCUCCUCCAACGUAUCAAGUCGGAGAUCAGCGCCGGAAGAAGCGUUGCGAUGGUGAAAUCGAGUAAAGAUACGAGAUACGCCAAAGAUUCGGUGGUGACGCACGAUGGAAUUGGAUUCCCUUGCUGGGCUCUUCCGGAUCUUAUGUCGUUUCCCGAAAUAUUCGGACAAGAUGCUUAUGCCAAGCUUGAUGUGAUUGGUAUUGACGAGGCUCAGUUUUUUGGAGACCUUUACGAGUUUUGCUGCAAAGUCGCUGAUGAUGAUGGCAAAACUUUGAUUGUAGCGGGUCUUGAUGGUGACUACUUAAGGAGGAGCUUUGGUGCUGUUAUUGACAUUAUACCUUUGGCUGAUUAUGUGACGAAGCUAACUGCAAGGUGUGAGGUUUGUGGACAGAAAGCUUUCUUCACUUUAAGAAAGACUUGUGACACCAGAACCGAGCUGAUCGGUGGAGCUGAUGUUUAUAUGCCCGUUUGCCGCAAGCAUUAUGUUAGUAAUCAAGUUGUAAUCAAACAUUCAAAGGAAGUCUUGGAUUCUGACAAGGCAAGUGGGUGAAUCCUGUGUGGAGACAUUUGAUGCUACCAUAAUUGCUAUAGAACCAACUAGUAACAUUAUAGUC